CUGUCGGCGUACCGGUGAAACAGCUGACUCCGCGCAGUCUAAGCGCGCUUUAACGACCCGGUUUGAGUUUUAACGAUUUCACCUUUUAAAUUCAUAUCCUCUCAUGUAAUGAAGUAACUUAACCGGAAUUUGAUAGUUGGAAUUUAUAAAAUCAACCCAUAUGUAAUUUAACAGGGAAAAGGGAUAUCGGAAAUUUAUAAGAUACGUUAUAAAAUCAUUUUCGGAAUUCAAAGUUUCAGUAUGGCUUUAAAAAUGUUCUUUUAAAUACCUUUUUUUUUCUUCAUAUUUUCCUUAAGGGAGGGGCCCCGAACCCACACAAUCUUUAUCUCUUGAAGAUUAUUCCAUAUAUCGCUAUGCCCUCACCCCCCAAAUUCCUCACCUAGGCCACCCUGUUAAGGCCCCUCUUAUAAAUAUUAGUGUUCCGUAUAAAUAAAUAGCCUAGGGCCGCUACUGCCGCUGAGCUAGAGAGUACAAGCUGUAUUCGACCAGUGUAACCGCGCCCAGCUGUUGAUCCGCGGUAGCGACGCGGCCAAUCGAAGGAAGGGAGGGACGGCAAGAGGGGGCAACCUACGCAGGGCUGCCACCCGCGCGUUAUACAGUGUCGACGUGGCCGCGCGCGGCGACUGCCAGUUUACCUGCGGCGGAGCCCGUCAUGCCUGCCACUGAAGACGAGGAAACGGCCUGCCUGCUCGAUGAAGCGACCCACGGCAAGGCGUCCAAGGUCCGCGCCGCAUCGCGAGUGUUCGGUGUGCGGCACCUGCAGAUCGGCCUCAUGUUCCUGGCGCUGGUGUGCGCGUACGCCAUGCGCGUCAACAUGUCCGUCGCCAUCGUCUCCAUGACUGACAGGAACGGCUCCAACCCGGACUUCGAGGAGUACGACUGGAGCCCGGAGACGCAGUCGACCAUCCUCAGCUCGUUCUUCUGGGGCUACGUGGUGACGCAGAUCCCCGGAGGCCAGCUGGCGCAGCGCUACGGCCCCAAGAUGUUCCUGCUGGGCGCCAUCGGCGUGUGCGGCCUCUUCAACAUCUUCACGCCCCUGGCGGCCAGCUGCGGCGGCUGGGGGCUGGUGUGCGCCUGCCGGGUGGUGCAGGGCCUGGCCCAGGGAACAACCUUCCCUUGCAUCCAUACAUUGUUGUCGAAGUGGGCGCCAGUUGAAGAACGAGGGAAUCUGGCAACUUACGUCUAUGCAGGCACCCAGUUCGGCACCAUCGUCGCCCUGCCGAUAUCCGGCCUGCUGGCCAAGAGCAGCAUCGGCUGGCCCGGGGUGUUCUACGUGUUCGGCGGCAUCAGCCUCAUGUGGGCCGUGCUGUGGUCGUUUCUGGGCGCGGACAGCCCGGAGACCCACGGCUUCAUCCCACCUGACGAGAAGCUGUACAUACAGGCUUCCCUCGAGAGGAUCAGCUCUGCCAACAAGGGAUUCAAAACUCCAUGGAGGUACAUCAUGACGUCAGUGCCCAUGAUAUCGCUGAUCCUUGCACACUGUGGGCAGAACUGGGGUUUCUGGACUCUGCUCACAGAAAUGCCUUCCUACAUGAACCAUGUCCUCAAGUACGAUAUCAAAAAGAACACGUUACUGUCUUCGCUGCCUUAUCUGGCAAUGUGGCUGAUGAGCUUCGUGUUCUGUUGGGCCUCCGGCUACCUGGAGGAGAGAAAGAUGAUCACACUGACGACCUCCAGAAAGAUAUUCAACAGCAUUGCUCAGGGAAUCCCAGGCAUAGCGCUGGUGGGCCUGGGGUACGUACAGAAGGGGAAUGGCGCCCUGGCGGUCGCUCUGCUCACGAUCGCAAUGGGCGUCAACUCGGGAACCUACGUCGGCUUCCAGGUGAACCACAUCGACCUGUCGCCAAACUACGCCGGCACCAUGAUGGGGAUCACCAACUGCGCGGCCAACAUCAUGUCCAUCCUCGGACCGCUGUUUGUCGGCCUCGUGGUCAAGGAUCAGGAAAACAUCGCUGAAUGGAGGACUGCGUUCUUCGUUGCUGCUGCAGUUUACUUCUUGAGCACGCUCAAUUUUGUGUUGUUUGGGUCGGCAGAAGUGCAGCCAUGGAACGACCCAGAGUACAAAAAGACUAAGAGUAAGGCGAUAAAUGAGCAGAUUAAGCAUGCGGACCUGGUGAAAAGAUAGUGCUGAUGUAUUUGUACAUAUUUAUUGGAAACUUCUUUCUGUAUUGUUUGUUUUACUUCUGAAAGUUUGGCCUGGUCAUGAGACUAUAUGCAUGUGAUGGUGUAAAUUUUCUGAGAUUCUUUCUUCUAUGAAUGGCCUUCCAAGGAAUGCAUGCACACAUUUUAUAAAGCAUGCAAAAGGUGAACAUGCUGGAAUGUAUUAGCUGGUGUUUGCAUGUCAGUAUUUAACAAAAUCAUUAUAUAAAAUUUAUAAUAGUACUUAUCUAACAGCAUAAGUAAAUAACAUAAGAAAAGUUUGACUGUUAAUAUAAAAGGUACAUUCUGUAUAAUAUGCAUGGAAGUAUAUUUGUUUGGAAUAUUUAUAUUGUUUAAACUUGUUUGCUGUUGCAAUAUACAUAGUUUGUUAAAUUUUUGUAAAAAAUGUAAA